AUGGUAAAUAGAGGAGGAUCAGGACUACAUUUUGGUGAACAGAAAAAGUGUUCAUCUCUCUUAGAUCAGGUGUUAUUAGCAUUUUACGGAAAAGAAGUAAAACGCUUAGAUACACCUAGUAAAAGAGGCCCAAACUUGAUGGGUGAUCAGCACUCGUUAAUUAUUCGAGCUCAUGAAAGUUUUGCACGAGUGGCGGUUAUUCACAUUGUUGUCACAAAUCUAUGUGUGUGGUUUCGUAUGGUGGUAGUUGAAACAAAGUCACAAAUUCAUGAAACGAAAUCACCCUAUAGCGGGCAUUAUGAUGAACAUACCGAUUUAGACAUGCACACUGGUAAUCAUUCAACAGCAUUUAUCAGCUACGAGUAUUUAAAAUUGAAACCGCUGUUAUAUCCUUGUACCAUAGAAUUUAGUCUCAUGUGCUUAACAUUAUUUUUCCUAAUUUGGGAAAAUGUAGGUAAAACAUUUGCCUACAAAAUGUCUGAUAAAGCAUCAACAAAGAAUGUAUUUAUGGUUAAUUGUCACGCAUCAAUAAAAGGAUUAUUUAGCGGAAUGAUUAUAUUUUCAUGCAGUGUUACCAGUAUUAUUUUAUAUGCCGGUUUUCGAAAUAAAAGCGGUAUUGAUUCACACCAUUCACUAUCAGCUGGCGACUUGCGUAAAGAACAUAAUGCACUACAACAUCUAUCACAUGAUGAAUCAUCACGUAGUUCUAUGGUCAGUGAAAAAAUUAAUUACAGUAUAGCUAUCAUCGAAAUAGGUUUUGAUGAUGUAUUAAUUAUCGUUUCGCUAACCGGAAUUUACUUAUAUAGGUAAGCUGCCACUAAUUCAAAAGUCGAGCGCUUUUUAUUUUGCGAUAUUUAUACAUAAUUGGGUAAAACUCAUGGAGCUGUAUCAGAAUAUGUGUGACUUAACCUUCCAAAAAAACGCUUUUAAGAUAGAAAAUUUGAAAAAACGCAUAUUUCUUAAAACCUGAAAAACGGCUUAUUUUUUAGAAAACGAGCUGAAUGUCUGCUUUUGGUAAUUUUGAAUCAUUUUUAUUCUUAUUCUACGUGAAAAACUAUAUCUAAAAAAUAUACUUAUACAAAAUAUAUCAUACCCAGUGAAAAAAAACGAGCGUGAUUCCGCAAGUUCCUGGGGGAAAAAUGAAACAUUUUCACGCGGGAAGUGAAAGUCUUCUGCAGGAAAAGAAGCACUUUUCCCGCCGCAUUCUGCAGGAAUC